GCAGGAUACCCACGGGACCACGCCACCAUCCCAAAAUUUUCCAGCCCGGAUCUCUUCAGGCUGGUCAUUCCAAAGUCUAGGAGCCUGAACUGGAAAGGCUCCAUCACCUUUUUGGACCCGAAAAGAUGUAUCCGAGGAUCUCAGGUAGUGGGAGGGAACAUAGGGCAAUAACAGGCCUGAUAUAUAACUUGGGGUGAGGCCUCUCUGAGCUUUAUAAGUAAUCGGUACAAUUUUGAAGUCAAUUCAAACAGGUAGCCAGUGUAGGGAAGCCUGGACCAGCGAAAUGUGAUCAUGUUUCCAGUUAAAAUCCUGGCAGCAGAAUUCUGGAUGAGCUGGAGGCGGGAGAGAGAUAUUCUACUGAUGCCAGAGAGCAGGAAGUUACAAAAAUCCAAUUGACUGGUAGUGAACGCAGUUUCCAGAUUUGUGACAGAAAGAAAUGGUCUGAUUCUUGAAAUGUUUCUGAGAUGAUGAAAACAGAUUUGAACCAUUGAUUUAACACGUCUGUCUAAACUGACACCAAGAUUUCUGCAAUGCUAAGCUACUGAAUGGGACAAUGAACCAAGACUAUUUGAUAUCUGGGUAUUUGCUCUAUCUUGACUUAUGAUCAGUAUUUCUGUCUUAUCAGCAUUUAGCUGCAGGAAAUUCUGUGACAUCCUCUUGUGGAUGUCAUGAAGACAGUUUUUCAGGUUGACAGUGUUCUGAGUUGUUGGCAGGCUCAGACAGAUCUGAGUAUCAUCAGCAUAAAACUGGAAACUGAUAUCAUGUCCACAUAUAAGGUGUCCUAAUGUUGUGUCCAGGUGUGGCUGAACUGUCUUUCAUUUUUGAGCUUGUCAUUUUAACCCCUCAUUGUAUUACCGGUAAGAUAUGCAGAGUUGCCAGAUUUGAGUGGGUUUUUUUUUUAUAAUUUUGUUUUUUUUUAUUUAGGCAAUUUCUUUAUUGCUAGCUAAUUAUUUAUCAGUUAUAAACCUCUAUUAAAAAGAUUUUCAAAAAAGGCUGUUUUAAUUGUAAUGUCAUUGUGAGUUAAUGCUGACACAAACACAAUAGGUGUGGUUUCUCGUAAGGUCAAACAGGCUACCAGGUACAGACAGGAAAUUGGAAAACAGGUUCAUCAAGACAACAGGAGUGGCACCUAAUCCACAAUGGGACUGUAGGAAUAUUGUGGAUAUCCAUAAUUGUAAUUCUUCCUAUCCAGAAUGCAGUUUUAGAUAUAUGACAUUGUAAUUGACGUAGAAUAAACAUAGUGGGUGACGUUCUGUCUUGGGCCGUGCUUUGUUUUGGCCACUCUCUGAAUUGAGGACAUGUGUAGUGCGACAUCUAGUGACCAAGAAUCUUCACCAACAGCAAAUGCCGACUUUAAAAUUUGAUUUGCUGCCAGGCAUCAACCACAUAACAUGAAUAAACUUAUCCUUAUGAAUGGUAUUCCAGAAUUACGAAAUAAAGUUUCACUUUCAUUUAUCUCUCACCUACAUCUCUCUCUUUCUCAAUUAGUCUGAAUUAUUGGUAAUCAGGUAACACUUUGUCUUGAGUUGUUCAUUCAGACAAAUCCAGCGGACCUUAAAACAUCAAGUCUAAACGCGCAGGCUGAACUGUGAAGAAAAAAGCGUCAGUAAGAAAACUUCAUCCAACUCCUGCUAGACUUUUGACAAAAGGAUGUUGCUGUGUGUCUGCAUGUUGCUGUUGGUGGUCUCAGAUCUGGGCUUUUGUCUGGAUGAAGCCUCCCUAGACAACCAGUGGAAACAGUGGAAGAUCAAAUAUGGAAAAGAAUACAAUAUACGUAUUUAUAGCAGACGUCAGACAGGAGCCAGGAGGAGCUGCAGCAGACUGCAGCAGCUGAGUGAGGAUGAGGAGUAUCGGAGGGCCAUCUGGGAGAAGAACAUGUUAAUGAUUGAAGCCCACAACCAGGAGGCAGAACAGGGAAAACACACCUACAGACUGGGGAUGAACCUCUUCGGAGACAUGACCUCGAAGGAAAUGGCUGAGAAGAUGACAUACCACAGAGUGCCAUCAAAUUACGCAAAAUCCAGUUAUUGCAAAGGUCAAACCACUGGGUUUUUUUACAAGACGGGAGUCCCCAACCCAGAGGUGCCGCAAUGCAAGAAGGACUUCAAAGGCAUGACCUUAGAAGAAAAGGUUUACAAUAUGACUUGCCCGUUGAAGCUGCCAAAAUUUAUUGACUACCGCGAGAAAGGCAUGGUGACUCAAGUCAAAGACCAGGGAAGCUCUGGCUCCUGUUGGGCAUUCAGUGCUGUAGGGGCCCUCGAGGGCCAGUUGGCCAAGAAGACAGGCAAACUGCUAGACCUCAGUCCUCAGAACCUGGUUGACUGUGUCACAAAGUGCAAUGGCUGCAGAGGAGGACAGAUGAUAGAUGCCUUCAAGUAUGUGCAAGACAAUGGAGGCAUGAACUCUGAUAAGGACUACCCAUACAUCGGAGAGAAGCAACCGUGCAGCUACAACGCAUCAGCCAUUACAGCCCAGUGCAAAGGCUUUAAAAAGGUUCCAGAAGGGGAUGAAUGUGCACUGGCCAAAGCUCUGUAUGAAGUGGGUCCUCUGUCUGUGGCCAUUGACAGCAGUCAGAAAGAGUUCAUGUUCUACGAGAGUGGUGUUUACUACGACCCCGAGUGUGACAAAGACAACAUCAAUCACGCUGUGCUGUUAGUGGGCUACGGAGAGACUAGAGAGGGUUUGAAAUACUGGAUUGUCAAGAACAGCUUUGGAGAGUCUUGGGGCAAAGAAGGCUACAUUCAGAUCACACGUGACCACAAUAACCACUGUGGCAUUGCCAGUGAUGUCAGCUACCCACUCGUGUGAAUGUACAAAUGAAAAAGAGGGCAGAUGAAGAGCUCCUUCAUGCACUACUGCAACCAUACAUGUCCUCUAACUUUAGCCUUUUAGACAAUAAUUUAGCAAACAGACACACAUAUUUCAGACUUUUGUAUAAAUUGGAUGUUUUUACACUAAAAAUUUCAUUUUUUUCCCUUCAGAGCCACAUAUAAAUGCAAAAAAACUCCAAAAACCAUUUACCAUAGAUUUUCUUGUCAUAAAUUAAAAUAGUAUACUAUACCAGCAUCCAAAGUACUGUAAACAAGUAUCUACUACAGCAAGUCAAAUGUGAAUAAAUCAUCACUUUAAUGAAGAUAUAACAUCUCACUUUACUUUUAUCGUGCUUAAUCUUAAUCAUAUAAAAGACAUAGAUGAUGAAUGCAAACAAAACAUUAUUUCUUUAUUAAAAUCAUGAACUACUAAGGAUUAACCUAGAUACUCUUUAAGAUUAUGAACAGAGAGACAGAAAGAUUAAAUGUUUUAGAGGAAGAUUCAAAUGUAUGGUUUCAUUUUGGUGUUUUUGUGUUGGAUUUAUCAGUUUGAGUAUUAACUCUUCGGCCCGUUUACUACAGCAGCAUCCUAAUUUUAAAGAGCUUUGGUAACACAAGCUUAUAUAUCAAAAAAUACCUUAAAUAAUUAAAGUCUCUUUCUUUAU